AUGGCGCACGACCCCCCGCCCGGUCUUUCGCCCGCACUUGAACUCAGCGACCCAAUAGCGGUAGAAGAGGUGGAUGACGUGGCGCUCGAGCAUGAAAGCUCCAGCCAAAACUUGAAGGCCGCGGCUGCUGCUGAGGGGCCUGCAACCAAACAUGACUGGAAGUUCUGGGCGAUUAUCAGCUCGUUGUCGAUCAGCCAGAUGCUCACCGCCAUCGAAUUCACGGCCGUAGCGACAGCGCUGCCCGUCAUCUCGGAGGAGCUGCACGGGAACAACUACAUCUGGAUUGGAUCUGCAUACACCCUCGCGUCAACGGCGCUGUUGCCAUUCUGUGCGGGCCUGGCCCAGAUCUUCGGACGGCGCUUUGUCAUGCUGCUCUCCAUCGCCAUCUUCAUGGUCGGCAGCGCGCUGUGCGGGGCCGCAACCAGCAUGAACUUCCUUAUCGCGGGACGAACCGUACAAGGCCUCGGCGCGGGCGGAAUUAUCUCGCUCAUUCAAAUCAUCAUAUCCGACCUCGUCGGGCUCAAGGAACGCGGGAUUUUCAAUGGUAUUAUUGCGAUGGCGUAUGGCGUCGGUGCGGGUGCCGGUCCGGUGAUUGGCGGAGCGUUGGCGCAGGAGGGACACUGGCGCUGGUUGUUCUACAUGAAUCUGCCCAUCGGCGGGUUCUGUGGCGCGCUUAUUUUGCUUUUCGUCAAUUUGAAGGUCCCUCAGACGCCUCUGAAGGAGAAGCUGCAGAAACUGGAUUUCAUUGGAAAUGCACUCAUCGUCGCAUCAACAACGUCUAUGGUGCUGGCGCUUACCUGGGGCGGCACAGUCUUCGCAUGGGCCUCCUCGAAAGUAUUGCUGCCCCUUAUCAUUGGCUGCGUUGGUCUGGUGGCUUUCGUUGUCUAUGAAGCCUUCAUCCCAAAGUAUCCAAUCAUCCCGCUCUCGCUCAUGGCUACGCGCACCGCCUUUGCUGGGUACAUCCAGAACUUUCUGUCUGCGCUUGUUCUCUCCGCAAUCGGAUACUGGCUCCCGGUGUACUUCCAGGCGUGUAAGGGUGCCGGGCCGAUCGCCUCCGGGGUGGACGUGUUCGGGAUCACCUUUACGGUUGCGCCAGUGUCAGCGGUCACGGGAAUUUUGGUGAACCGCACGGGCCGCUACCGCCCGCAAAUGUGGCUCGGCUGGGCGCUGAUGAUUCUGGGCACGGCGCUGCUCGGUACCCUCGACGAGCACAGCUCGCGCGGGAAAGCGAUCGGCUACCAGAUUCUGAUCGGCGCGGGGAUCGGGUUUGCGUAUGUCGCGGCGUACUUCCCGGUGCUCGCCCCGAUCGAGGUCAAGUACAACGCACAGGCGCUCGCGUGGUUCUUCUUCUUGCGCCAGUUCGCGCUCAUCUGGGGCGUCACGAUCGGCGGCACCAUCCUGCAGAACAAGCUCACCGAUGCGCUGCCAGCCGAAUUCCUCGCGCAGUUCCCGGGCGGCACACAGAUCGCGUUCACCAUCAUUCCGAGCAUAUCGUCGCUGUCGCCGGAGCUCGGCGGGCAGGUGAAGCACGCGUUUGCGGAGGCGUUCAAGCUGCUGUGGGACGUGCUUGCGGGGCUCGCGGGUGCGGGAAUGCUGGUUAGCUGGCUGAUGAAGGGCCUGCCGCUGCAUGCGAAGGUGGACGAGCAGUGGGGCAGGCAGGAUCUGGAGAAGAGCGAGGCGCAGGGUGAAGAGGUUGAAAUGGGCGGUGUGUAG